AUGGAGUUCGACCUGACAGCAGCCCUGGAAUCCACUUCCAAGAAGCCUGGUGGGCCCGACCAGGCGGGAAACCUCAAGCACAGUCCCCCCAAAGUUCAGGGCCACCCAGGGGCAGCUCAGAAUCCAAAGGUGGCCCAUAGCAGCUCCUCAGACUCCAGCAGCAGCUCCAGUGACUCCGACUCUGACUCCGAGGGGAAGCCCCAUGCUGCAGGCUCCAAGCCGCAUGAAAGCACCCCGGGCAAGGUCAAGAAGCCCAAGAUGAAGAAGAAGAAGGAGGAGAAGGGCAAGAAGGAGGAGAAGGGCAAGAAAAAGGCUCCCCAUUGAGGGGCUUGA